CCCUUGCCUCCUCCCCUUCUUCUUCCUACACGCCCUUCAGCCUUCUUCUACCUCACUUCUCUUACCUCUCUCAUUACUUGCUAUGUCCGACUCCCAAGAAUCGUCUAACCGCACGACGAGAGACUACAAUCAGUAUCAGAGCUCACAGCCCAGGUACACGCAUUCAAAUUCUCCCUUCGUCGCAACGAGCCAGUCAGAGCGGCGCGAAGACUUCUCUUUCGGUAGAGUAUGGGAGUUCCUGCAGAAGGAUGGGUUGUUCGGAAGGCUUUGCGAAAGCGGAGUGAUCGGAAAUCCCAAUGCUCUCCGUAUGUUGGGACAGAGUCAUGCCGCGACAAGAUUGGACUCGAUGUCAACAUGCACUUCAUGGGCUUCCUCCUCGAGCAGCACGUUCACAGACAGCAUUAUCAGCUCACGUGGACAAAUGUUUGCUGGACCAUACUUCUCCUCUGAUGAGCAGAGUCAAAGGCUCGAAUCAGUGAGUAUGGGGAUGUCGAUGAACUGGUCAUAUCCCGAUGAUUCAACGGACCUGUCUUCCAGUGAUAGCAAGAAGCGAUUUGCCAGCACUUCCUCAGCGGAUGCAACCGAGGGAAAGAAGGCAAAGAGGCUUCAUCAGGAGGGUCUUGACGAUGACUCUGAGCUCAGUAUUGGGCCGGGGGUACCGGUUUGAGGCCUGAAAACAUGAAAUGAUGUGUGAAGGUAUCCUGUUCUGAUUUUAAUUAUUCAUUCGUAUGUAAAUAAAGUCGUGUACUCU